AUGAUGGAGCUUAGAGAAAGUUUUAGCCCCGAUGACAGGCUCACUUUGCGACACGAGCUCACUAGUGCCACUUCACUAUUGAAAAAAAAAAAUGUCGAGAUCCAUCAUCCAUCCGAAAAUGUUUUAAAACACUUGACAAACAAAAAAAAAAAAAUUUGCCAAAAAAUGGUAGCAGAAGAAAUAAAAAAUUAA